GCUGUGCUGUGUGCGUGUCUCAACUCUCAAGCAAUACAACAACAGCAUAGAAAACCGAGUUCCCCCAAACCUUCCUUUUCAAACCUUCUUCCCUUUCUUUCUUUCCACUUUCCUUUUUAUUCUCUUUCCCAUUCUUUUCCACCACCCACAAGCCAAAUAAAACCCUCAUCUCAAACCAAACUACCAUACUUUCUUUCUCUCUUUCUCUCUCAACAACAACAACAACAAAAUAAUGGUUCAUCAUCACCGUAAAAGAUCUUCAGACUCCAUCAAAGACGAAGAAUCACAGCUUCAUCUCAUGGACUGUUCAACCUCUGUUUAUUACAAGAGAACAAAGCCUAAGUUGCUGUCUUUUCUCUUCCUCAUCACCUUUCUCUCUUGUUGCUAUGUCUUCGCACCUUUUUUCCUUGGACCUUCUUUCUCUUUAUCUCUUCUAUACUCUAAUGGACCUGAAAAUGAUGACAACCAAGACGGUGUUGAUGUGAAAGCUUCUACUUGUUCUUCGGUUUCUACAGGAACUAUAUGUUGCGAUAGAACUGGUUAUCGUUCUGAUAUCUGUGUGAUGAAAGGUGAUAUAAGAACAGACUCUUCUUCCUCUUCAAUCUUCCUCUACAACUCAAUAAACAAGAAUAAUUUUUCAAGGACGGUUAAUGGCGGAGAAGGUGAAAACGAAGAGGAUCAAGUUAUUCAAGAAGAGAAGAUAAAGCCGUAUACUAGAAAAUGGGAGACUAGUGUGAUGAACACAAUUGAUGAAUUGAAUCUCAUCUCAAAGAAAGUGAAUCCGCGGAAUGUUCGAAAAUGUGAUGUUCAACAUGAUGUUCCGGCAGUUUUCUUCUCUAAUGGAGGAUACACUGGCAACGUUUAUCACGAAUUCAACGACGGAAUCAUACCUUUAUACAUCACUUCACAGCAUUUCAACAAGAAGGUUGUGUUUGUGAUACUUGAGUAUCAUAGUUGGUGGAUUAUGAAAUACGGCGACAUCCUUUCUCGUUUAUCGGAGUUUCCACCGAUUGAUUUUAGUGAAGAUAACCGGACUCAUUGUUUCAAUGAAGCAAUCGUCGGUCUCAAAAUCCACGACGAGCUAGCCGUGGAUUCCUCCUUGAUGGAAGGUAACAAAAGCAUUGUUGAUUUCAGAAAGCUUUUGGACAAAGCUUAUUCGCCGCGGAUUAAAGGACUAAUUAGCCAAGAGGAAAAGGAAGCACAAGAGAAAUCAAAACAACAACAAAACACGGUAUCUCCAUCAUCGCGAUCAGAAUCAGAAACCUCGCAGGGAGUGCAAGAAAUUGCGCGAAAGAAACCAAAGUUAGUUAUUGUCUCUAGAACUGGUUCAAGAGCUAUAACCAAUGAGAAUUUGCUGGUGAAAAUGGCUGAAGAAAUUGGAUUUCAUGUUGCGGUUUUAAAACCUCAAAAAACUUCGGAAUUGGCAAAGAUUUAUAGGGUACUUAAUGAAAGUGAUGUGAUGAUUGGUGUUCAUGGAGCUGCAAUGACACAUUUUAUGUUCAUGAAACCUAAAUCUGUGUUCAUUCAAGUUGUUCCUCUUGGCACUAAUUGGGCUGCAGAUACUUAUUAUGGUGAACCUGCAAGGAAACUUGGUUUGAAAUACAUUCGAUAUGAAAUUCACCCAAAAGAAAGCUCUUUAUAUGAUAUAUAUGAUAAAAAUGAUCCUAUUUUGAGUGACCCUGAUAGCAUUACAAAGAAGGGGUGGGAAUAUACAAAGAAGAUUUAUCUUGAUAGCCAGAAUGUUAAAUUAGACCUUAGAAGAUUCAGAAAAAGGUUGCAUAGAGCUUAUGAGUACACAGUUCUGAGAUUAAAUCUGAAUCUUCAACACCAAUCACAGUGAAUGUUUCCAUUCCACGGUUUCAUUUUGUUCAUUCUUUAAUGUAAAAAGAAACUAUUUAUUUUUGAAGUGUUCUUAUUAUGCAUAUAGUGACAAGUUGGAAAGUUCUUGGUGCAAUAUGUUGUGUAUACUAGGAUGUGUAAUUUAAAGUAGAAAAUUGUGAUUAUAUUAUUAUUUUUUUGUGUGUAUUAUUAAUACAUGUGUAACAUUGUUUACUUCAAAUACAAAUUCAAUUGUCCAAUGAGGGUGGUUUCAUGUUA